AUGAUUCGCGGUUUAUGGCACAAUGACGCUAUGAUAGGAAUAUCUCAACCCCUCGGUUCUGGUUGUAACCCAUAUCCAACAACAACUACAACAAAAACAUCUGGCUAACAAGCUAACGCGCUGUUAGCAUUAGCGACCAGUGGCUGAACAGCUGUCACCCCGGAAGGCCGCCGCCGCCGCCACACCGGGUGGGGAUUUAACUUUCUCUGUCCGUGUCUGGACUGAGGCUACACUAAGUGGCCUGCCAAUGAUAAAACUCUGUCUACUCUUCAUCGGUAAGAAUGGACUCCUCUUUGGGGAUAUGCGAGGAGGAGUGCUUGGCAAUAUCCUUUUUGGGCUAUUACGUUUUAGCCAUUUUUUUUCAGUUUGCCCUAGCUCGUUAGCUAACAUUAGCUCUACCUAUCUAAUAUCGACAGUUUAUGUGACAGAGUAAGACAACUUUACGUAAACAUAACAUGUUAUUUUAACAAUUAUGACAGUCUAGUAGCUAGUUGGUGAAUUCAUAAUAGCGUAUAUAGUUUUAGUAAUUUACAGUAACUUCAGUUCAUCACUUUUAGUGAGCAAACUAACUUGCACCGACAAGCCAUAACAUUAUGGACAUCCUUGCAAUCCAGUUCAACAACUGUAUCAUAAAUUCUGCCUCCAGGAAGCUCCUAAGUUGUCAGUUUUUGUUGGCAUGAUCAGACAGGUGAUUAUUGAUUAUUGGUGGUGCGUGUAAUUGAAAGGUGUUCCUGUAUUUUGUCCACUUCAUUAACAAACUUCAUCAAUAUAAAGCUGUUGGGUACACCACCAACACUUUCUAAAACUUUUAUGAUUAAUUCAAAGAAAUCACUUUUCUGACUAUGUAAACAAAUACCAGAAAUGGGGAAGCUUCCUCAGAGUAGAAUUAUUGGUAGAGCUGUUGUACUGCAUUGCAUUAGAUUGCUUUAUAAUAUUAUGGCUGAUUGGUGAAUAAAUCAUUAACAAUAUUUUCAUUAAUACUUAACUAGUAAACCAUUUGGUCCUUGACAUCUUGGUUAACACCAGCCAUUUCUUAUCUUCAACUAACAUCCACUGAGCUGCUCAUUUUCUUUUUGUUCACCGCUUUUUCUGCUGUUUGUCUCAUUCAUUUGCCACCAUCUUACAAUAAGCAUGGCUUCUUCAUAAACACCUAUUAUCACCUUUGAUCAUCUUUAGGCACACCACUCACUAAGUGACCAAAUUGAAGCCAAAUGACAGAUGAGAUAAGUAAAUAAAAUAACUUAAGUGCUUGUGAUGUCCAAGCACAUUUGUCAUCCCUCUUGCAAAGUAAUUCCUUGAUUGCGAUGUUCACACUGUGAGAGGUGAGGAGCUGAGGGCUGGCCAGAAGGAGCCCAGACUGCUGUCUCUAAUAGAGCGCAGUGGUGAAUUUAUGUAAGUAUUAGAGCAUCUAACGACUCUGUAUUUAUGUGUUUUUGUUGGGUGUAAGAAACAAAAUUUCUCAUGUUCUUUUAUGGUAACUAAGGAGCUUGUAGUGAAUUUCUUAAAUGAAUGCUUUUGGCAGAUCUGAUUUUAUCGGUAGAUACUUAACUGUUGCUUAUCUGGAUAGUCUUGUUUGCUUUUCCUGGAAGGUUACUCAAUGUGAUGGAUGUUUCAUAUUUCCUGAAAUUUUUUAGUUGACAUGCUUUAAACAGACAGCUACUUUAUAGGCAAUGUGUGGCUUUCUAAAUGCAAUGUAAGUCUUAUCAAGAUGACGCGAUAAAACAGUUUGUUGUAUCAAAGAAUGCUGCCAAACAAGGUUUAGAUUGAGUAAUAAGACACAGGGUGAUUUAGAUUACACAGGUUGAUUAUUGAGAUUAAGGGUCAGUUAGGGAAUGGUAUUAUAUAAGCGUUACAUUUUCUUUUUCUGUGGUUGAAUUUAACAGGUUAGGUCAAAAAUAUAAAACAAUAAUUUACAUUUCAGGUUCUCUAUUGUUUAAGUAGAGCACAGCAUCUGGAACAAAACGUACGUGUGACAAUUAAAACAGUGUUCAGUGUCAGGUGUCCCUGUCUGAAAAAAGUGGAUUUCUUCACGGAUCAGCGACUCUUCAGAGAACAGAUAUUCGGCUACAGGCCUGUGGUGCUGUGCUGAUUUAGUUCAGUGUUACAUAAGCAGGAUUUUAACCCGGGCAGCUCCAGAGAUUUGUGAAAGGGGAUGUUGUGAGUGACGGUGGUGGGUGUGUCAACCCAUCAGCGUUGUUUGUGUUUGUAGCAGGGUAUGGUGUUUGUGCUAGCGCUACACUGAAAGCUCCCACCGGCAGCAGCAGCAGCAAGCAAGCAAGCAAGCAGCUCACUUCCUAUUAACCAGAAUUCCUCAAUGCGGUCCAGGAGUGUAAUAAGACUCACAUGGCCACGCAAUCUCCGUCCUCAGCUGACUGCAUUAAAACCACUUACACUGAACUCCACUCAUGAAGUUCAGGUGUGAAUGAUGCUGUGAAGAUUCAAUCAAUUGUAGCUGAAAGCCUGUCAAAGUAAUUUUGUACAAGACUGUAUCAUAAAACAAGAUUACAGAGAAGACAGGGACACUGAAACAGCCAGUAAACACUAAAGCAGAACUGAAACAUUAGUUUGGUUUGAGGAGAACCAUUGAGUUAACUUUUUGGCCUUUCUAUUAUGUUUAUAAGUGUCCUCUGGCCAGUGUGGGCAGGAUGCACCAAUGACUAGUGAAAGUUCUUUUGGAUUUAAUUUCACUUUUGCUGAAACUCGUGCUUUUGCAUCCUUAACAGCAAAUGCACCAACAGCAAUUUAGAAAUGUGAUGCAGGUGGUAAAGCUCCUGUUCUUAAAUUGAAGGAGAAUUGAAGGUGAAAAGGGCACAGUGGGGAUCAAAAGGUUUGAAAAGGACAUGAUAAAAUAUUUGAACUCAGUUGAGGCAACAUGUCAGUUAAGACCGUCCCUAAUGAGCCCCACUUCAGCAUUCAUGUUUUAUUCAGAGCUGUAGCAUUAUGAAGUUGUUUCUUACAUCCUCCUCCUCCUUAAAAGUCAUUGAUCAUGAAUAUUAAAGGGACUGUCUCUGAUUUAAGGGAUCUGUGAGGGCUGGCUGCUGAGUCAUUUUCCUCUGUAAGAAUGAUCCGACAUUUCGUGCAGGGAAAGGGAAACGUGGGCAGUGACCAACAUGCCUCUUUGACCCUGACUGUGUUAGUCAUCCAUUGUUAGACAGAGAAAAUGACCACACCUACAUUUAUCCAUCUCAGGUUUUAAAGCUUCCUAAUAACUACUUAAGAGCUGCUUUCCUGAAUGUGCCAAAUGUUGCUACAGAAAACUUUCAUCAACUAAACCUGACAGUGGUCAGACGUGUCUUUUAAGUUCAUUUUCGUUGUCAUUGUUUGCUUGAAGUUGGCCUGCAAAUCAAACUUAAGGAGGCUGCUGCAUGUCUGCAUGUACAUUUCAGAGUCUGUCAAUCCUAAAUUCACAUUUUAAUCCCUCAAUAAUCACGAUCUAAUUUUAAUAAUGCAUUUAACUGUCUUUUGCAUGUGGUAUAAUUACACCCAAGUUUAGUUGCAAGAGAAUGCCUUUUAUGUGCAAAAGAAGAAUAGCUCAUGUAAACUGUGUAUCAAUGUGGUUCAACCUCAUCACAGAGCUGAUAUGAAGUGUGACUCCAUGCUCGCCUCUCAUACAGAUUAGGUGUUUUGGCCACCCCUGAUGCUGUAGUGUCUCGUCCAGUGGCACAGCUGUCCAUACCUGUCAAUGAUAAUUUUGAAAUCAUAAGAGGUAUGUAACAUUUUUCUGUCUGCACCAGUAAAUGAAAUAUUUCACAACAAUUAUUCCAACUUGGAAACAAUUUCAUAUAUUUAUGUAACCUCACACUUCGGGGAUUAAUAAAGUUCUUCUUGUUCUUAUUCUUAUUGUUCGUGUAAAUGUUCCUGUUUACUCAGGUAAUGACAGUAUGGAAGUCUAUCCUUGCAUUUGAUAGGCAAAUUUGAAAACCAACAAAGGGCUCAGAAGCCAGUAAAAGUAAUUUAUAGCACCAUUGGUUUACUCCCACAGCAGACCUUUGGACUGUGCACGGUUAAAACUUUUCACUCUUUUGUUUCAGAGGCUGAAGAAGCUCUUCUUAUCAACCUCUCUGUGGAUUGUAAGUACUCUUUCCUUCUUUUCAGUCAAAGUAAAUCUAGUGUUUGCUCUUGUUUAAACCGAUAAGGAAAAGUAUUUGUUAUGACCUUAAAAAAAUGAAUCGUGUUGUGGGCACAAAAGAGAGCUAAACAAGGCAUUUAUCAGAGCAUGGCCUCUAUCCAGUGUACUACAUUUCGAGACCAUGCCUUUAGGUAGAUGUCUAUGUCCUUUAUUUAGCAGCAGACGCCGGUCAUGAGUUACCAGGGCUUCCUGAAAGAAUGCUGGAUUGUCUCAUCAUUAAAUCACUCUGCUUUGUUUUCUGGACACUCUGCAUUUCUAAUGUGUUUCCCAAGUUUAAAGAUGUCCAACAUGUCUGAGUGUGUGUGUGUGUGAUUUCUGUCUCCCUCCCAAGCUUGUGUGAGGGUGCGAAUCAAAGGAGAGAAAUCCCCAGAGCUGUUGCUGGAACUUCAGGAUGAUGACCGGACUCAGACUUUCUUGACCCAGUUGAAAAGUGCUCAGCAACAAGGUAAGACUCUGCUGUCCGUCAGCAGCUCGAUCAGUUAGAAUGAUGAAUUAUUUAUUCAGUCAUUUAACAUUUAUCCACUGGGGCUGGAUUACACCGCUCGACGAUUUCCUGUGUAUUCUUGCCACGCACACUCAAGCGGAUUCUUGAAAUUAGAUCCUUCUUUGUCAAAGCAGCCGGAAAGAACCAAAGCUUAGGCCGUUUAGCUCUCAUUUUAACACAAUUAUAUCUUGCCAGUAUAACUGACCUUCUUAUGAUAAAGGAACAAACAGUUAUAUCUCUGUCAAUACGGGAAAUAACCUUUUUUUUUAAAUAGCAGCGAGGACUAGAAGCACCGCACAAUAAGUAUUUAAAAAAAGAGCAAAAGUUGUGGUUUAGUUAAAAGGAAAAAUUAAACAGUAGAUAUUGUCAUGUGUAAUAGAUGUGUCAUACCUUUUCUAUUUAUAGGUAAAUGCAGCUUGUUGUUUAAUCUAUUUUUACAUUCAAGAUUACACUCAAGAAACAAAGCUGCUUCUGUAGGCUGAUAAAAAGACUCAUUUGCAAGGUAAAGCAGUCCACAUUCAAAACAAGGAGUACAUACGUUUGUAUAUCUGUGUAGCUCUUGAUGUUAUCCAGAGAGGUGCAGUUUAACACCUCCUAAAAAAUACAUCCUACAAUAUUUUAAAUAAAAAAACUGAUAAAUGUGAUUUAAUACAAGAAGAUUAAUCUCAUAACCAUACCGAAGUAAAGUUAUACUGUUUAACUCUACAGGCGUUUCUGUAAAUAUCAGAAGAGGAAGUCCCAAAAAAAAAGUUCCAUAUAUAUUUUUUGGCUUAAUUAGUUUCGGACAUGUGUUUAAAUGGCUAUUAAAACCAUAUUUGGCUUCACUAACCGCCAAAGAAAAAUCUAAACAGGGUCAUCACAGUGCAUUUAUUUUAUCUGUCUGUUUAAUUUCACUGAAACCAAUGUUAAUCUUUUUAUUAAUACCAUCAUAAUUUCAUUUCCUUAUUGUAACAGGAAGAAGUACUUCAGUUACUUGGCCUCCAUCAUUUUAGUUUCAACAAAUAACUUCUUAUCUAAUUCUCAAGUUUCCUUUUCGUUAGGAUUGGUGAAUCAGGAUGUGAAUUCACUGUUGUACUUUCAAAUCAGGUAUAUUAGUUUUUAUGUUGAGGAAGCUAUAGAACUUUUUAAAUAAAAUGUUUCCCUUUUUAAAUUAUGGUUUAUUCAUGUCUUUGUCUGACAUUACUGUUUUAUUUUUUUCCCAGUUGAAUUAAAACGCAAAAAACCCAAAGCGAUGGAGCCUAUUGCACCUGCUGCACUGAGAGGUCCGGUCCCCAUUCCACCACAAAGAGUAAAUAGGAAUGCUAACUCUGUGGGCCCUGGGGUCAACGCACCAAAGUCUACCAGCGCACUGCCACCUAAUCUCAAUAAUGGUACGUCAACAUAGCACACUAAAAAAUAGACACUCAACUAGAUACACUGUCAUAAUAAGCGCUUUUCUUCUCGGUUAGUUGUUUUUUGUUGCUAGUUUGAAUCUUCUGCUUCUGAACCUUUUGCUUCUGAAAUCCAGUUCAAUCGCUUGCCUCAGACUUUGGCUUUGAGGAGAACUUCAAUCAUUCUCUCAAAGUGGAGGAGAAGAAGAACCAUCAGAAUCGCAUCGUUGCAUCCAGGGAGCCUCCUCCCGUCCCCCCUCUACCUCCUCGCAAAGCGUCCUACACUCCAUCCAAUCCUCUGCCUCCUCCACCUAUCCCUAAAGACAGAGCUGCCUCCUUACAGGCCAAAGACAACUCCUUCACUGCUAACACCAAACCAGAGUAAGUACGCCUGCCAUGCGCCAUUUCAUACCAGGAUUAUACAUACAACCUCAGUUCUUGAAGCUUAUUAUUACCAACUUCAUGUGGUUCAAAUAUUGCCAUGUUUGAAAAUAUGUACUUUUCCCUCUCCAGUAGUUUCAGGCCAAGUUUUGACCAAACAGACAGGCCAUCAUCUUGGUGUGACAGCCCCACCACAAACAGCAUGAGACAGGCCAUGUUCUCCAGCCAGGCUGGACAGAGAGAGUACCUCAUAAAGCACCGGCUUGGGAAGAAGGAGAAUGAAUAUGUGGACAUUGAGAACUUUAAGUAAGAGGAGCUUCCUUUGCCCUAUAGAUUGCUAUAAAAGGCAGAUACCUCAGUUUAGAUUAUACUGCUUUUGUGCACUCUAUUCCUGCGCUGUGCAUAAAGCCGCUUCUUCUUUUUCUCUUUAGGUUUUUCACAGGGACGUGGAAUGUAAACGGCCAGUCUCCUGACAGCACCCUGGAGCCUUGGCUUUGCUGUGACGCAGAACCUCCUGAUCUUUAUGCUCUGGGGUCAGUGAAGAUUUCAUCCUGAUCAUGAUGUUCUACACAGUCAGUCUGUAACAGGAUGACUUUCUUUUUGCUUGUAGCUUUCAAGAAUUGGACCUGAGCACUGAAGCUUUCUUUUACAUGGACUCAUCAAAGGAGCAACUGUGGGUGGAGGCUGUUGAGAGGAGCUUGCACCCUAAAGCCAAGUACAAGAGGGUUAGUGAGGGGAAAGAGAUUAACAGGGGUAGCUGUGCCUCAGCCAAUGCAACCUGUGUGUAAAUGCAGGAAAUAUUUUGGGUAACAUCACGUCUUUGCAUUUUUGUUUUGUCUGCAGAUUCGGAUCAUUCGACUAGUAGGAAUGAUGCUUGUGGUCUUUGUUAAAAAGACCCUCAAGAAUCACAUCAAAGAAGUGGCAGCAGAACACGUGGGGACAGGGAUCAUGGGAAAAAUGGUUUGUUCGCACUAAACUUAAAAAUACCCAAAUACACAAAAGAUUAUAGUCAACAUUGAAAUGGAUUUGUGUUUUCUUUUCACUGAAGUGCAGGGGGGUUGAGAAACAAUAGUCUUAACAUUCUCCCAGAUAUCAGUGUGAUUUGUGAAGUUAGUUUUUUUCCUUAACAAUAAACUUAUUAUGACAUCCUAUGUUUUUUGAAGUGGUAACUGCACACUAUGUUUGGCUUGUGUUUGAUUAGUUGAUUAUACGGUGUUCAGCGUAGACCAUUAUUUUAAAGCACGUUUUUGUCAACAAAGAAUAAGCCUAUCUAAAUAUCACACUGAGUGCUCACUCUUUUGCACUCGUUUGUUCUUUUUUCCCUCUCAGGGGAACAAAGGCGGCGUGGCAGUGAGGUUCGUUUUCCACAACACCAGCUUCUGCGUCGUAAACUCCCAUCUAGCAGCACACGUGGAAGACUUUGAGCGCCGCAACCAGGACUACAAAGACAUUUGUGCCCGCAUGACCUUCCACUUACUGGACUACCCUCCUCUCAGUAUCGUCAAGCAUGAGUGAGAACAUUACUGUGCUGUUUUGGUCAAUGCUACGAGCCCUAUUCUUCAGUAAAAAAGUUCUUGUUAUACUUUUUUGUAUUAAUAACAAACUCUUGAUGUUCCUCUUUUUCCUUCCAUGUCCUAGUGUUGUCAUCUGGCUUGGGGAUUUAAACUAUCGCCUGUUUUUGUACGAUGCCUCUGAGGUCAAACAGCAUAUUGCUAAGAAUGAGCUAAAGAAGCUGCAGGAGGUUGACCAGGUAAAAUAAACGGCUGACAAUCUCUUUAACAUCUGAAAGAAAUAAACACUGCCACUCUUCAUUUUGAAACACAAGUAUUGACGCUUUUUAGACAUGAGCCACAGUUUCCAUUGCAAGCAGUUUAAAAAGCAUUUCUUGAGUAAUCUGUUGUGUAAUUGGGCAUUUUGACACUAAGUAGGAAAAUUUGGCACUUGGAUGAGACUCUUGAGCUGUUCCCUGUUCAGAAUAAUCUUCUUUGUGUUGUUUUGUUUUCCUGUUUGGAUGUAGACUUGGCUGUGACAGUAUUUUUUGAUUAGUUUAGUUUGGCAAGUUCGAAAGCUUUUUCACAAAUACAACAAUCAAACUAGUCAUUUUCUGUUAGUGGUUUAAGAUUCUCUUUGGCCUCUUUCAUUGAAACACGUGAUGUGAUUCUUCUUUUGUAGCUGAAUAUUCAAAGGCAGACAAAAAGAGCCUUUACAGACUUCAUGGAGGGAGACAUCAACUUCAUUCCCACAUAUAAGUACGACCCCAAAACGGAUCGAUGGGACUCAAGGUGAAAAUACCUUCCUGUUUUUCUUGCAGACAUACUCACAUUUACUCCAGGGUUUUCUAUUGAAUUGUUUGUGCCAACUUGUUCCCGUUACAGUUUCUUGUUCUCUUAAUCUUGGUAGCAUUUUUGUUGGCGAGGAAGCUCUCCCCGGCCGUAUCAUUGCACCAAUACUGAGUCAGCAGUUCCGUACGUGUGUCCAACUCUUGACCUCUAAUUUUCCACUGAAACUGUAAUUGUUUUUCUUGCAGUGGGAAGUGCCGUGUCCCGGCUUGGUGUGACAGAAUCCUGUGGAGAGGCAACAAUGUCAAACAGCUCAAAUACAGGAGUCACAUGGAGCUGCAAACUAGUGACCACAAACCUGUCAGCUCCCUCUUCAGUGUUGGGGUAAAAAGCUUUGCUGUCAAAUAACAAACACUUAAACCAAGGUUUGAUGGGAAAUGUUUUAUUCUGAUUUAAAUUUUUGGCUUUUUUAAUUUGACCUCAUGUGUUUGUAACAGGUGAAAGUGGUAAAUGAGGAGCGACACAAAAAAGUGUUUGAGGAGAUUGUUCGAGCGAUGGACAGAAUGGAGAAUGACUUUCUCCCAUCUGUGUCCCUGAGCAAAAGAGAGGUACACUCACACACACACACACACACACACACACACACACACACACACACACACUCCCACAAGCGCUCAUCAUUCUUCUGAAAUGAAAUGAUCUCAUCCACUAAUGACACACAAAUCACUUUUUAAGUUCUGGAAAUCUUUCAUUUAAGUGCCUCUCUUCUUCAUCCCACAGUUUUCAUUUGAGAAUGUGAAAUUCCGGCAGCUCCAAAGGGAGCGCUUCGUGAUAACAAAUGACGGGCAGGUCCCCUGUCACUUUGCCUUUAUACCCAAACUCAAUGACUCCCAGUAUUGCAAACCUUGGCUCCGAGCCGAGCCCAGCGAUGGAUUCUUAGAACCGAGUAAGUCUAGGUUUGAAAAAACCUUUUAAACCUCCUCCAUCUUUGGUUUUCUUUGUUGCACUAAACCCUUCAACCCUCUUGCUUUAGUGACCGUAUUGUGUGUUAAUGUGUUGUGUUUGUUAAGAUGAUAAAUUUUUGUUAGUUGUGUUUGUUUGUGCCAGAAACAAAUGCCUUCACACAUUUAAAUUUUUGAAUCUACCUUCAUUUUUUAACUGUUGCUAAUCUUAUUACUUUAUAUCGCAGGCCUGUGAUGAAAUUUUAGUGUAAAUAUGGGCGUUUUAAGAAAAGGGAGGUUAUAAUCUCAUCAUUUACAUACUAUCAUUGAAAAUAUUGCUAUACGAUGUGUUAUAAAGUAAUGAAAUUAAACCGUUAGUUAUUGCACUUUUUCCCUUUUUUGUUGCUUCAUGUGUUUUAUGUGUUUUCCGUGCGUCACACCCUCUUCACAUGUUUCAGUAGUCAAGACUGCUUGUUUGAAAAUGGCAUAAUCAGUCCUCAGCAGAUAAAGUGAAGCAUGAAUGUCCAUGCAAACUGAAGUGGUUUUAGCUUUAAAUAUUCCAUUAACUUUGGAGUAAAAUCCCUUCCCUCCUCUUAUCUCCCUGAGCAGACGAGAACCUGGAGAUCUAUCUUGAAGCGUAUGUAAGUAAAGACUCAGUCACGCUGCUUAACUCCGGAGAAGACUCCAUAGAGGACAUCCUGGUGCUCCAUCUGGACCGUGGCAAGGACUACUUCAUUACCAUCUCUGGCAACUACCUUCCCAGCUGCUUUGGCACCUCGCUGGAGACUCUGUGCCGCAUGAAGAAGCCCAUCAGAGAGAUCCCCAUCACAAAACUCAUUGACCUGGUGAGUGAAAUCUGGUCAAGCCACCUUUUAAGGGGAAUAUGAAUAAGACUAGAUUUAAAUCUGCAGGCACAUUUUACUCAGAUGAGUUUAAACACAGAUGUUCCUCACCAAAGCACAAUUAAGCUCAUGUCUUCCCUCUUGCUGAAGCUAUGCAUGGUUUGAAACCUGAGCAGGGAUGUGUGAGGGCUUGUUCUCUCCCUCUGGGUAAACUCAGUCACACAGAGGACCUAUAUUUGGAGAGCUUAAAAUGUCUCAACCCGUAUAUUUCUGGCUAAGAGGGGCCAAGGGAAUGAGGAAGUGGCAGAAACAUAAGAGAAGACCUCCUAAAGGAGAGGAAAAACUGACUCAGGUUUGGCCCAUAUCAGGGCCUCACGAAAGACAAUUUCUUCAGUCUCAACAUGCCUAUCUGUUUGCCUUUUUGUAUUUCCAUUUUACUGUUUGGCUUUAAAAUAGAGCGGUUGCAGUUUUCUGCUUUCUUUCUACUCAAGCUUUUGUUUUUUUCCUACUGUCUUGGUGAUCAGUGAUUCAUGCUCGAAUAAUCCAUAAUCUCAACUUUUCUGAUUCUGUUCCCGAAUCCCACUUCUUUCUACUCUUUCCCGUGUUUCCCCUCAUCGCCUCUCCUUGCCUUGAUCAUUCCUUUCCAACUCCUUCACUCUGGUUGUGGGCUGACUUCUUGCUCAGGGAGAGGACAGCUUCAUGGAAAAGGUAAAAUAUUAACACUGUUACCGAUACGCUCUUCAAACAAACAGGGCUGAUAUCAUCUGAGCAACGAGAUCAAACAUAUGCUUUAUGACACUUUAUUGACCUUUCUCAAAUAGCACGUCAUAAAAGGAAGCUGGUGCAACUUUUUUAAGGAGCCAGUCUUGUCAGGAUAUGUCAACAGAGGAGCUGGUACAGGCUACAUCCUGAUAAUGCCUAAUGCCAACCUUUAAGGCAGGGCAAGGUUAUUUAUAAAGUAAAUUUCAGCAACAAAGCAAACCACAAUUGUUUGCAAAAUACUUAAAAAGAAUUGUGACAAAGGUUUGAAUCAGAAACCCAUAAAGACAUUUAGAAGUCAUUGAAACAAGCUGUUAAAAAUCAAACCAAGACAAAAGUAUAACUGGACAGUUUAAAAUUAGAAAAGUUACAGUGCAGUGCUGUAUGAUUAAAAUGGAUGUUAGAAUAAUGUGUUAAAUUAAUGUAGGCAGCUGUUGUCCGACAUUUAGACACUUUUUUUGUAGGAUUACUGCUAAUGGAGCUUCAUAUACACAUUCUGUGCCGACCUGCUCGCUCCACUUUUAACACAGAUGCCGUUCCAACUCUGUAUGCCUCUGUAGGUAACUCUGCUUCCACCUCAUCAGCUGAAGUCUAGGCCCAAUUUUUCUGCCUCAAUUUCCUUUUCACAGACAGUGAGGCAAAGGAGUAAAAACCCUCGUCUAAAACAGGCUCUUUGAAAGAGACUUGAGAAUGAGUUCCGCUUCAAAUCCUCUCGGAUAAACCAGAGCAAGGGUCCUACCUUCAUGGCAGCCUGUUCUCUUUUGGACAGAGGAGACGUAAAAUGAGAUUGAGAAAUUCAGUUUUUGAAACAGAUCCAUGGUUUGACGAGCUUAUUAAAUGUUAACGGCUUUAAGAUAUCCCUUUUUGGUGAGAUGUAAUUUUCCGGAUAUCAGAACAUGUGUCAUAGGAACAUCCCAGGGGCAAGUGAAUGCCAACUAGGAUCUGUAUUGAGACUAUCACCUCUCGUUUCUCUCGAUGUAACAUUUUGUUCUCACCUCAUCUUCAAUAAUGAGUAGUAAGGCUUAUUUCUGAAAAUAAGCCUUGCCUGUUGGACAUGCUGUCUUUUUCAAAUUCUGUUUUGUACGCUGACACUUAGUUAAAUGCUCGACAAGGGCAAAAAUAUAGAAAUCAAAGGUGACCACAGACCAGAACCCUUCAGCUUAGAAACAGUCAGUGUGAGUGAGUCACAUGUUCAAUCUCCCCUGGCUCUCUGAGGACAGGGACUGUGGGUCCAAAAGCAUGAUCACACUCAAUCUCAUUUUAUAGCAGGUCGCCCUCUCUCAUUAACAUGAUUAACGCUAAUGAGGAGAAGUAUUAGGGUCUGCUCAGCUGAGCUUCAACAGUCCUAUGAAACCAAACGACAACCUGUUACAGCUCAGUUAAACUGAAUUUCUGCAUGGGUGAUAUUCUUUAAAGCCCUCCUCUUGGCUGCUGAAACAUUUUAUAGCAGUUCAGUUAUCUUAAUGUCUUUUUCCUAGUCUCUUCUUUAAAGCCCACUCCAGCAUUUAUGGAAAGCUUUACAAGCUUUGGUUAUUUUUUAUGUCUGAAGAGUCAGAGAUUCAUUUGCUGAGAUAAAAACUGUAAUAAACAUCCCUUUAAUGGUUCUCUUUCAAGUUUCCAGACCUUAAGUAUUAUCCUGUACUUCACCUGUAAUGGUUUGGAUUUCAUAUGGCUUCAUUUAAGUAAAAAUCAGUGCACCGUUCAGAAAACAAUGUAAUGUUCCUAUUUGUCAAUAUCAAGCGUAUUAACAGUGUUAUUUUUCAUCAGGAAAGGUCAAAGGUGAGCUUCCUGAUGGUGGAUGGUGCAGGCACUGAGGACAUACCUCUGAAGAUCCCAAAGGAAGUGUGGAUUCUUGUCAACCACCUUUUCCUCAAAUCCUGCGACCAGGUGAGGUAACCUUAGCUGGUAAAGUACUCAUUUUAAGAGUGUUUACUGCUGAGGGAGAGAUGUAGUUUCUUGUAGUCUCUUGUGUUACUCUAGAGUUUAUAAUUUUUCAUCUAAAUUUGUCAAACUAGUAAAAAAUACUUUUAAAGGUGUGUUGGAACCUUGUUAAAAUAUUACUCUCUCUAUUACUGUCUCAGGAGGACUUGUUUCAGACUCCAGGCCUGCAGGAGGAGCUGCAGAGCAUCAUAGACUGUCUGGACACCAGCAUCCCAGACUCCAUUGGUAUCCUUCUUUUCACACUGGUCCCAUCAGUCCUGUGGUCACGUAAAAUUAAAAAGCAGACAUGAACACAUUUAGCACGUAUUUUAGAUGCUGUUGUACCGGAAUGGUCACGGUACUUAUCGAGCUUGCUAGCUGUAAAUGUUCAGAUAUAACAACAAUGAAUAGUGUGAGAGCAAAGACAGUCUGAAGAUGAUCAUGCCUAUAAAAGUUCACCUCACAAUAGACGCCUCUCUUGCCUUUCAUGUUCCUUAACUGUUAUUGCAGUCGGCUGUAACCACUCCGUAGCUGAGGCUUUACUGAUCUUCUUGGAGGCUUUGCCGGAGCCAGUGGUUUGUUAUGAACUCUACCAACGUUGCCUCGAAUGUUCCCAUGACAGCCGCCUCUGCAAGCAGGUGAGAGGACUGUGUUUUCUGAAAGAAAUUGUUCAGAGGCAGAGCAGCUGUGCGAGCGCUGUUUUGAUUCAGUGUUACCUCGAGGUUUCUUCAUACUGAAUACAAUACUGUGUCCCGCUCAUCUUUGUCCUCUUGUGAUAUUCUUUUGACAGUUGAUUUCCCAGCUGCCCCGGGCGCACCGCAAUGUGUUUCGCUACUUAAUGGCCUUUCUGAAGGAACUUCUCAAACACUCACACAACAACAACUUAACUGCCAGCCUCAUAGGUAAGACGUAGAUUUAAAGGGAUAUUCCGACGUAAUAUUGAUUUAGGGUCAAACACACUGAGUUAGACACCCCCUUGAGAGAUGAAUGUUGCCGACAGUUUGCUGCCCUAGUCAUACCAACUUAAGUAACGACCGCACGAUAGCAAUACACAAAACACCACUCUAUAGCCACAAAUAAUGCUCAGAACAGCACCGAACUUCAUCAACAGUACAUAUAGGGUCCCAACCACAGCACCAGCCACCAAACAUCUUUUUAACUUUGCCUGAUUUCUUUAGCAAAGAGACUAAACACAACUCACCUACUCUCUUCCAGCAGCCGCUUGUUUGUAGCGAGACCUCGGGCCAGUCCAUUAUGGACUACAGUGGGGUGACGCAGCUCAAAGAACAACAUUUAUGAUCAUUUCUUGAUCAUUUCCUUGAAGUAAAAAUCACCAUAAUCAUCAUUUUGCACUGCAGACACGGUAGUUCUUCUGCCUUAGCAGCAGACCGUAAUGGACUGUCCUGAGGUCUUGCUACAAACAAGCGGCUGCUGGAAGAGAGUAGGUGAAUUGUGUUGAGGUUUGUUUAUGGUUCCUCAGACCGCUCUGUAUUGCUAUCCUGCGGUUGUUACUAAAGUUGGUAUAACUAGAGAAGCAAGCGGUCGGCAACAUUCAUCUCUCGAGGGAGUGUCUAGCUCGGAGUUAUGGUGUGUUUGACCCUAAAUUAAUUUUAAGCCGGAAUAUCCCUUUAACUUGACUGAAUGUUCAUGAUCUGUUGCUCAUUAAACAGUCAUUUUGAUUUCUAACACUCAAGUGUAUCAAUCUCAGUCGAUCUGAAGGUAACUUAAGGAAGUGUUGUUUGAGUUAAUAUAUGUGAGCAUGACACAAUAAGUUCUUUCACCAUCUGAUGAGAUAAAUAAUUUAUUACCCAUCAAGAGGAAUAACAGAACAGAACAGCAGAUGCUACUCUUUCACAAAACUUGAAUAUGCAGUAGAUUGAAAGUAUCACAUCUGAUAAGCAUUACUCAAACUGGACUACUGUUGAAUUGAGAUGUAAUAUCAAGAGCUAGCUACAUUCAAAUCAAUGUUUUUCUCAGUAUAAGGUUUUUCUGCACGGGUCAUAGUCGCGACAUGAGUCCUCUGAUAGUUUGUUUACUUAACCUUUUCGUCCUCUUCUUGUAUUUUAGCGACACUCUUUGCCAGCCUCCUCAUCCGACCGCCCCCCAACCUGGUGGGCCGACAGACCCCACAUGAGCGACAGAAAGCCAUUGACUUCAUCCUGGGUUUCCUCAUGGCGGGAGACGAGGACUAA